GAAUAAAUUAAAUAUUAAGGAAGCUAUUGAUUAUGUAGCAGCUUCAUGGGAUGAAGUAGAUGAGUCAACAAUGGCAAAUUGUUGGAUGAAAACUGGUAUUUUACUCUUGAUAUCAAAUGAUGACAUUGAACUUGCACAAAAUAUGUACUUAGAAUCAAUUAAAUAUAAAGAAGGUAAAAUAUAUGAAUUAGUGGUUGAUCUUACUGAAGAUACAGUUGUACAAGAAAUAGAUAUAUAUAGAGAAGUUAAUCAAAUUUAUAUUCCUACAGAAGAAACACUUAAUAAUACCCAGAUUGUUAAAACUAUAUUAGCAGAACAAUUAGAAUACGGACAGGGUGAUCCAGAUGAUUCUAACAAAGAACUACCAAAAAGCACUAUUUCUAAAGGAAUAAGUGAGUUGAAAACUUUUAUAUUGUUUGCUAAACAACAAAUGUGUGAUGAUUUCUUUUUCAAUAAUAAUGAUUUAAAAGUAUUUCGUAAAUACUUACUAUUAAUGAAGCGAAAAAUUACAGAGUCUUUAAACCAAAAACCUAUUACAGAGUUUUUUAAAACAGCAGAUCAAAGUAUGACUAUUAAUGACAAUAAUGUUUUUAAUGAACCAGCAUUUUUUAAUAGUGGUAAUGUUUUUUCUGAUAAUAAUAAUUUCUUUGGUGGUAAUAAAUUUUCUGAUACCAAUAAUUUUUCUAUUAUUAAAUAG